ACACGAAGCAAAACACCUUCACAGGAGAGAAAAUGGAAACUCAAAUGCAAAACGACGAUCACAUUUUCCGCAGCAAAUACUCGUCCGUUCCCAUCCCCGACAACAUCACACUGCCGGAGUUUGUGCUACAAGGAGUGGAAGAGCACGUGGAGAAGGUGGCGUUCGUGGAGGCCGUGACGGGGAAAGCGUACACGUACGGAGAGGUGAAGAGGGAUACGGCCAGGCUGGCGAAGGCGUUGGCUUCGCUGGGGCUGAGGAAAGGACACGUGGUGGUCGUGGUCCUACCGAACGUCGCGGAGUAUGGAAUCAUUGCCCUAGGAAUCAUGUCCGCCGGCGGAAUAUUCUCCGGCGCCAACCCCGCCGCUCACGUCUCCGAGAUCAAGAAGCAGGUCGAGGCCUCUCGUGCUCGAGGGAUCAUCACCGAUCCCACUAACUACGAGAAGGUGAAGGAAUUAGGGUUACCAGUGAUAGUGUUGGGGGAAGAGAAGAUAGAAGGAGCGGUGAAUUGGAAGGAGCUUCUAGAAGCAGGAGACAAAGCAGGAGACAGCAUCAUAAGAUCGACCAGACAAGAGAUUCUUCAGACAGAUCUCUGCGCACUUCCCUUCUCCUCGGGCACUACCGGUUUGCAGAAGGGUGUUAUGCUAACUCAUCGCAAUCUCAUCGCCAAUCUCUGUUCUUCCCUCUUCAGUGUCGGUGCCGAAAUGAUCGGUCAGAUUGCUGCACUUGGUCUGAUACCGUUUUUCCACAUCUACGGGAUAGUAGGAAUAUGUUGUGCGACGAUGAAGAACAAAGGGAAAGUGGUGGUGAUGAACAGAUUCGAACUCAGAAUCUUUCUGAACGCUUUGAUCGCACACGAAGUGACGUUCGCACCCAUCGUGCCACCGAUAAUAUUGAAUCUUGUCAAGAACCCUAUCGUCGAUGAGUUCGAUCUCUCCAAGCUCAAGCUCCGUACCGUUAUGACUGCGGCAGCUCCUCUCGCCCCCGAGCUCCUCACCGCCUUCGAGGCCAAGUUCCCUGACGUCCAAGUCCAGGAAGCUUAUGGACUGACCGAGCAUAGCUGCAUCACGUUAACACAUGGAGAUCCAGCGAAAGGACAAGGCAUUGCGAAGAGAAACUCUGUCGGAUUCAUACUACCGAAUCUUGAAGUGAAGUUCAUAGAUCCCGACACUGGUCGGUCCCUCCCCAAGAACACUUCAGGCGAACUCUGCGUCAGGAGCCAAUGUGUUAUGCAAGGGUACUACAACAAUAAGGAGGAGACGGCGAGGACAAUCGACGGGCAAGGAUGGUUACACACGGGCGAUAUAGGCUAUAUCGACGACGACGGUGAUAUCUUCAUCGUUGAUCGGAUCAAAGAGCUUAUCAAAUACAAGGGUUUUCAAGUUGCACCAGCGGAACUCGAGGCCAUUCUUCUUACUCAUCCCUCUGUCGAAGACGCCGCUGUUGUGCCGUUGCCGGACGAGGAAGCGGGGGAGAUACCGGCGGCAUGCGUGGUGAUGAACUCGAAAGCGAAAGAGAGGGAAGACGACAUCAUCGAGUUCGUGGCAUCGAACGUGGCUCACUACAAGAAGAUCAGAGCCGUACGAUUCGUCCAUUCCAUCCCCAAAUCUCCCUCCGGCAAAAUCAUGAGGAGGCUUCUCCGAGAUCAAAUGCUCUCCCAUAACAACAAGAACUAAUUACCACUAAUUAACCACUACUCUUUUUAUUUAUUAUUAUUAUAAAAAAAUUAUGAAUUAAAAUGUCUUUUACUUCACUAAUUACUUCCUUGUCAUGUCUGUCUCCAUCUGUCUAUGCUUUACAAUUUCAAC